CUCCAAUGUCACCCUUAGUCUAGUUUCUAGUAUUAAAACUCUCACACUGCAGCAUGAACUUCAUCGGCAGCUCAACUCAUUCUCACAGCACAUUCUUUCUCAAUUGAUAAUCAUGAAGGCUUCUCUCGUUACCGCGCUGCUUGCCCAGGCUUUGGCCGCAAGUGCUUCGCAGAUGUACUGCAACGGUGGACAAGGUCUCGCAAGUGGAAACACCUGUGACAUAUGUGCGUCUAGGGAAAAGGAGCAAACUCCUACUGCGUGGAAAAGGAAAAUACUCGAGUAUCCAUUCCCUACAUUCCGAGGAUCAUGCUUCAGCCCGCAGAGCAUUCGUGACCAGGAGGAUACCUCUCAGCAGUGCUCUGGAGGUUUCGUCUACUGCGUAAGUGACCGCUCACUAACUACGAUGAAUGAACGGCUAUUUACUUUUUAUAGUGUGACUUAGGUACUGGAGCGCGCAUCGACUUUUGAAGCAGGUGGUAGGAGAGUACUCAGAAGGUUAUCAUGGUCGUUGAGGACGAACGCCCUGAACGUGCAUGAUCUAAGUAUGCCGUAUGCGCUGGCAGUCGGGAAUCGGUACAAGAGGCUUGCCAAGCUGGAGCGGCUGAUGGGGUUUACUAUCAAUACCACAGUAGAUGAGAACUAUUUUACUCUAAUACAGACGUGGGUGCGGCGGCAAAAUCUCAAAAACAUCAAUACUGUCUCGAGACCCAAUCAUCUCCGAUGACACCGUCACACAGUCAGACCGUCAGUCAACGCUACGAGGUGCUUUUGUCUAUUUUUUCAUCAUUGUUCCUAUCUCAAGUAUUUUGCUUUAUUUAUUUAUCGUGAUCCUAUUACUA